AUGCCAGACAUUGAUGGUUCAUUAUCAUUGAAUGUUGCAUCAUCACCUGGUGGUGCGAAUAAUGGUCAUUCAGGUGUAGUCAUGGAUGAUAGUACAACUGCCAAAGCAGCAAGCAGUCAUCAUAAUCAUCUACAACUUCAUCUUCAACAUCAACAUCAACUAUCAAACUCAAGUAACAACAAUGAGAAGAGUUCAAAGUAUAGAAGAUUGGACAAGUUGUUGGGGCAGACCAAUGUUGACUUGGACACAUUGAAGAAGUAUGGAUGGCGAGGUGUACCAGACUGCAAGAGACCCAUGGUAUGGAAGAUACUCUUGGGAUACAUUCCAUCAAAUGGUGGACGACGCGAAGAUAUCCUCGAGCGAAAGCGUAAAGAAUACCGCGACUGCCUGCCCCAAUAUCAUCAAUCAGAAGAAAAACGAACCGAUCCAGACAGGAGGACUUUGAAGCAAAUUCAAAUGGACGUGCCUCGAACGAACCCUGUCGUGUCAUUGUUCCAACAGCCACCUAUCCAGGAGAUGUUGGAGCGCAUACUUUACAUCUGGGGCAUUAGACAUCCAGCGACGGGAUAUGUCCAGGGCAUCAAUGACCUGGCGACACCAUUCAUCUAUGUAUUCCUGUCAGAGUACAUAGUGGACAUGGACAGCUGUAACACCGAGCAGGUGGACUCGAGCAUACUGGCCAAGGUCGAAGCCGACAGCUACUGGUGUCUGACCAAGCUGCUGGACGGCAUCCAAGACCACUACACAUUCGCGCAGCCUGGCAUCCAGCGCAUGAUCGCCCAGCUCAAGGGCCUGCUCGAGACGGUCAACCCGGCGCUGUGCGAGCACCUGGCCUCGCAGGAUGCCCAGUUCAUUCAGUUUGCAUUCCGCUGGAUGAACUGUCUGUUGAUGCGCGAGGUGCCCUUCCAGCUGGUGAUACGCAUGUGGGACACGUACCUGUGUGAGCGCGAAGGCUUCUCAGUGUUCCACGUGUAUGUAUGUGCGGCCUUCUUGAUACAAUGGGCCGAUCAGCUCAUUGGCAAAGAGUUCCCCGACAUCAUGAUCUUCCUACAGCGUCCGCCCACACAACAAUGGCAAGAACGAGACAUUGAAGACCUAUUCUCCACAGCGCAUCUCUAUCGAGAACUCUAUCACAAUGCUCAAAGUCAUCUAAAGUCACCUACUCCCAUCAAUCUCAGGAGAUAA